AAGGUCAGAAAUACUUCCGGGGCACUGCUGAGCGAGAAAAUCGAGCUUUCUUUUUUCUUUUUCUUUUCAUUUUUCUUUUCCUUUGUUCUUCUUCCCCCCAAGGGUUAAACCUUGCUGUCUUUUCACUUCAAUCCUUGUUUUCCUGGAGCUGCUGGGGUUAAUGGGCUGGUGCUGAGCUGCAGGGGUGCAGAAUCCCCUGCCAGUCCCAUGACCUGCUGUCAGCACCGCUCUUCCAGCGGAAUUUUUCCUCUGCUCCUGACCUGGGUUAUUUCUUUUAAUGCUAUUCUGAUUUUUUAGGAUGCCUGUUUUGCCUUUUUAUUUAUUUAUUUAUUUAAGUUAAAAGAUAUUCUUUUAACAGCUAAAGCUUGCAAUGACUUUAAAAUCCUGUUUGCUCUGGAUGGGGGGGGAAGAGUUGCUUUAAGAUGUUAUUUGCAUUAAAAUCACAGGCAUAAAUAUUCAUGAAUGUUACGUGCUGCCUGUUUCUGGCAUAUGCACAUGAAUCUCUGAACCUUUGGGGGUGGGAAGAGGAGAAGAAAGAAGAUGGAGUGAAGUGGACCCAGCUGGAGCACAGAGGACCCUACUUUGCCCCCCUCUACGAGCCACUGCCCGACGAUGUGCAGUUUUAUUAUGAUGGCAAACCCCUGAAGCUGAGCCUGGCCACGGAGGAAAUUGCCACCUUCUAUGCCAAAAUGCUUGAUCAUGAAUACACGACCAAGGAGAUCUUCCAGAACAACUUCUUCAAUGACUGGAGGAAGGAGAUGACCUUGAUGGAGCAGAAGAUAAUCACAGACCUGGACAAGUGUGACUUCAGUGAGAUUCAUAAGUAUUUUGUGGACAAAAGUGAGGCACGGAAAGCACUCUCCAAAGAGGAGAAGCAGAAACUGAAGGAAGAGGCAGACAAGAUCCAGGAGGAGUACGGGUACUGCAUCCUUGAUGGGCACCGGGAGAAGAUAGGCAACUUCAAAACUGAGCCACCGGGGCUGUUCCGUGGACGUGGUGACCACCCCAAAAUGGGCAUGCUGAAGAAGAGGAUCAUGCCAGAGGACGUUAUCAUCAACUGCAGCAAGAACUCAAAGAUCCCCAAGCCACCAGAAGGACACAAGUGGAAGGAAGUGCGCUUCGACAACACAGUUACCUGGCUGGCCUCGUGGACAGAAAACAUCCAGAAUACUUUAAAGUACAUCAUGCUGAACCCCAGCUCCAAGCUGAAGGGGGAGAAAGACUGGCAUAAGUAUGAGGUAGCCCGACGCUUAAAGGAUGUUGUCCAGAAAAUCCGUGCUCAGUACCGAGCUGAUUGGAAGUCGAAGGAGAUGAAGAACCGACAAAGGGCAGUGGCCCUGUACUUCAUUGAUAAGCUGGCCCUGCGAGCUGGCAAUGAGAAGGAGGAAGGGGAGACCGCGGACACAGUUGGCUGCUGCUCGCUGCGUGUGGAGCACAUCAAACUGCACCGGGAGUUGGAUGGGCAGGAGCACGUCGUGGAGUUCGACUUCCUUGGGAAAGACUCUAUCCGUUACUACAACAAAGUGUCUGUGGAGAAGCCGGUGUUCAAGAACCUGAAGAUGUUCAUGAAAAACAAGGAUCCAGCAGAUGACCUCUUUGACCAGCUCAGUACAUGCAUCUUGAACAAACACCUCCAGAAACUGAUGGAUGGUUUGACUGCCAAAGUGUUCAGGACCUACAAUGCCUCCAUCACCCUGCAGGAGCAGCUCAAAGCGCUCACUAACCCUGACGACAAUGUUGCUGGAAAGCUGCUCUCCUACAACCGAGCUAACAGAGCUGUGGCCAUCCUGUGCAACCAUCAGAGGUCUAUACCAAAAACUUUUGAGAAGUCAAUGCAAAACCUCCAGGCCAAGAUUGAUGCCAAAAAGCAACAGGUGGAGGAAGCCAAGCAAGAGCUAAAAAAUGCUGAAGAUGAGUUCAAAGACACAAAAGAUGAUAAAGCAAAAGCCAAUGUGGAGAAGAAAAAGAAGCUGUUGAAGCGGCUGGAAGAGCAGCUGGCCAAGUUGAACGUCCAAGCCACGGACAAGGAGGAGAACAAGCAGAUCGCUCUGGGCACGUCCAAGCUGAAUUACCUGGACCCCAGGAUUAGUAUAGCUUGGUGCAAGAAGUUUGGUGUGCCCAUUGAGAAGAUCUACAACAAGACGCAGAGGGAGAAGUUUGCCUGGGCAAUCGACAUGGCUGAUGAGGACUUUGAAUUCUGAGCCAUUUCACGUUGCGUCGUGCUCGUUUGGUGCUGUUGCAAAGCUUUAUUUAUGUGCUGUUGCAGGAGCGGGGCUGGCAGGUUGUGUAAUGAAAAAGUUUGAUAUAGGUAUUUUGUGCCUUUUCUUGUAUACAAAAGAAAACACCAAUUUAUUGUUUGGGUUUUUUUUGGUUGAAACAGGUAUUGCUGAUUUGUGACACUCAUCCUGACUGCAGUGACUUUCAUGUGAACUUUUAAUUCCUCUUCAGAUUUGCCAAGUGCUUUGGAUCUUUUCUUUCCUCCUCCUGGAGGCUGGGAAAGAAGAUUGAAUGAAAGCCUUAAUUGUGCUGAUAAAAUGAGAUUAGAUCUAAUCCUAUCUCCUUGAUGCAGUGGAGCUGUUCUGCCCUUUUCUGACUCUCUGAAUUGGCCUGAUGGAGAAACAUGAGGCAAUGACAGCACCGAAACAGGCAGCUGUGGCAUAAGAUCUGGGAUUGGGUCAGGGGUAGUCAAAAUGGAAAAAAAUAACGUUGUGGGAGAGGGUAACUGUCAUGGCAUGAGAAGGAGGAGAGGGGAAGAUGCUGGAAUAAAACAGGUUUCACAUUGGAGGGAUGAAAUUCACCUUGACAUGAGCAAAGUGUACUUUAAUCACUCCUAUGUGGUUAAACCUUGGUCUGGGAGAGGACAUCUUUCUUUCUUUCCUCUGCUUGCUUCGUUUGGCUCUGGCCCAGCUCACUGUGUCUGCAGUUAAACUGUCCAACUAUGGAUUUCAGCAAUGGGAGAGGAUGAGGUUGGACCAGGUUCCCGUGGGAUGUGACGGUGCAGUGGUACCAACCUCGCUGGAGCUGUGCCUGUGUUUGGAUCACAGCUUGUUCACCAGGCUGCAUCCUCCCCUUUUCAUUCCUGCUGGGCAUGGAGCAGGUAGGGACUGAUAGCAUUAAACUGUUGGUGCUUGCUGCCUAAUUGGCUGCUUUUCAGAGGAAAAAAAACCCCAAAUAUCAGCAUCUACCUGGCAUGAGUUAGCUACAUGCCAGAGAAUCUCAGGUGUAAACAAGCUGUUGCUUUGGCAGAAAAGCCUUUUGUCAUCUCAGGGCUGAUGUUCAGGUCGCUACAGUCCAAAGCUCUCGGUGCUUCCCACGUGUUCAUUUACAACCACUUGCUCUUUGUGUUUAAACUUGCUGUUUUGGUUGGAAAUCAGGGACUUGAAAUGCAUUUCAUUAAAAGUAGAAGUGAUUUUUUUUUUUUCUGAGUA